AUGAUGAGCGCACCAAUAAUUUUGCUGAAAGAAGGAACAGAAGCAAAGUUUGGUAAACAGCAAAUAGUUAGUAACAUCAGUGCAUGCAAUGUGAUCGCCGAUAGUAUUCGUACCACUUUGGGACCUCGUGGCAUGGAUAAACUGAUCAUCGAUUCUAAAGGUAAAACGACAAUUUCAAACGAUGGGGCAACCAUUCUGAAAUUAUUGGAUGUUGUUUUCCCCGCAGCUCAAGUUAUGGUUGAUAUAGCGAAAAGCCAAGAUGCUGAAGUUGGUGAUGGCACUACGUCAGUUGUAAUACUGGCAGCGGAACUCUUGAAACGUUCAAAACCUUUCAUUGAAGAUGGUGUCAGUUCACAGUUAAUAAUUCGGUCUUAUUCAAAGGCUUGUGAAGAGGCAAGCAGUCGACUUAAAGAAUUGGCUGUGAAAAUCAGCGAUGAUACUAAUAUGCGUGAAAUGCUGAAGAGAUGUGCCACCACUUGUCUCAGCAGUAAAUUGAUAAGUCAAGAACGGGAAUUCUUUGCUGAAAUGGCCGUCGAUGCUGUCUCAUACUUGGAUGAAAAUCUAUCAUCAAAUAUGAUAGGGAUUAAGAAAGUUAGCGGUGGAUCUCUUUCGGAUUCCCAACUUGUUAAAGGCAUUGCAUUCAAGAAGGCUUUCAGUUAUGCAGGCUUUGAAAUGCAACCAAAACAUUACAAAAAUCCUUUCGUUGCUUUACUUAAUAUUGAAUUGGAACUUAAAGCUGAAAAAGACAAUGCAGAAAUGAGAAUUCAAACUGUGGAUGAAUAUCAAAAAAUUGUUGACGCUGAAUGGACAAUUUUAUACGAUAAGCUAAAGAAAAUUCAUGAAUCUGGAGCAAAAGUAGUACUUUCGAAGCUACCAAUUGGAGAUGUGGCGACACAGUGGUUUGCUGACAGGGAUAUGUUCUGUGCAGGCCGUGUGGAGCAGGCUGAUAUGGAUAGACUAACUGCUGCAUGUGGUGGUACUAUUCUUACGACUGUAAGUCAGAUUAGUAAGGAAUUUCUUGGAAGCUGCGCAGAAUUUUAUGAACAGCAAGUAGGAAGCGAGCGAUAUAACUUUUUUCUGGACUGUACAAAAGCUAAGUCUUGCACCGUGAUUUUGCGCGGUAGUGCAGAGCAGUUCAUCGCAGAAACGGAGCGUUCUUUGCAUGAUGCAAUCAUGAUUGUGCGGCGUGCUAAAAAAAAUGAUACGAUUGUCGCAGGUGGUGGCGCUAUUGAAAUGGAACUUUCGCGGCAUAUUAGAGAUAUUUCUAAAACUAUCGCGGGUAAAGAGCAAUUCUUCUGGCAAGCAUUCGGCAAAACUCUAGAGAUAAUUCCAAAGCAGCUUUGCUACAAUGCAGGCAUGGAUGCCACGGACAUACUAAAUCGAUUGCGGCACCGACAUGCGAAGGGAGAUAAGUGGGCAGGAGUUGAUAUUUAUGGGGAAGAUGUCAGUGACAAUAUGGAAGCAUGUAUUUGGGAACCAGCUAUUGUGAAAUUAAAUGCGCUGAUAGCAGCAACUGAAGCAGCAUGCCUUGUUUUAAGUAUUGAUCAAACAGUCAAGAAUCCUCGUUCAACAAAUGGUGGCCAGUUACCUGAUAUGAAAUCAAUUAAACGGCGCAACAUGACAAUGCGACAUAAACGAAAGGCUGCAAAAGCUGCACGAGAAGCGAUACGGACUACUUUACAAACAAUUAAAAAGCACAGGAGACCAGCCCGUAAGCAUAUAACCGUUCCGGUCAGAAAAGUUAAUUCCGCGAUACCAAAAAAGGAUGAUAUAAUGGUAGUUAAGCCUGAGUCCAGUCAGCUACCGAUUCAAACAACUUCAAAACGAUCAGACAACAAUGACAAUAUCCGACAUAUUUCUUUAGUACCAGCUAAUGAUCCUGUUUAUGAACAGCUGAAACAAUUACCUGAUAAAUUGCUUGUUCAAUUGCCUUGUGGUGUAAUUCGAGAUGCUGCUGAACAUCUUAAAAAUGCCAACUGCACUACUUUGGCUGGAUUUAUCAUCUUUCGAACCGAUCUUCGUCCUGUAAUUUGUAAUCCAUCUUCGUCUAGCCUAAGGCACUUUUUUAGUGGACAAAAAAAAAAAGAAAUGAACGAUCAAUUCAAGUUGAGAAAGUAG